AUGGUUGGGGCCGACCCAGCCAUCGUUACAGCCCUCGGGCUUGACCCUACGAUGACGACCGCGCAUGCACAUGGCGGUUCGGGCUUUUCGUCGACUUUUAGAGUUACUGGCCACCAGGUUGGUACAGCUAAAGACGUGCAGUACUUCAUCAAGACGGGGACUGGUCCGGAGGCCGCAGUCAUGUUUCGCGGGGAGUUUGCUUCGCUCAACGCCAUUGCUGAUUCCGUGCCUUUAUUCUGUCCUCGUGCCCACGCACACGGCCCAUUGCAGGAUCGAACCAGCGGUUAUUUUCUGGCCACAGAAUAUCUGGAUCUUGGCCGCUCUUCGGCAGGUGCAGGCUCUGGCCGCUCCUUCGCAUCAAAGCUAGCGGAGAUGCAUCUCAAGGAGGCCACUGUGCAAGGUCCCAAUGGCGAACGGUUCGGCUUUCCUGUGCCGACCUGCUGCGGCGCCACAGAGCAAGACAAUUCCUGGGCUUCAUCAUGGGCUGAUUUUUAUGCCGAAUGUCGGCUGCGGCACGUCCUCCGUGUUGGGCUGCGCAACAAUGGGCCUGAUACUGGGCUAGCAGAGGCAGUUGAGCGCACGGCGACUGUUGUGGUGCCACGGCUACUGCGAGAUAGCCAUCUCCAGCGCAGUAUGCAGCGCGGUGGCGGAGACAUCGCGGCUGUCGUCGUACAUGGUGAUCUGUGGGACGGAAAUCAUGGCUGGGGUCGCAUCGUGCGUCCUGAUGGUAGCAGCGACAGCGAAGAGGUGGUAUACGACCCCGCAUGCGUCUAUGGCCACUCGGAGUACGAACUAGGUAUUAUGCGUAUGUUUGGCGGGUUUGGCCGUGACUUCUGGUCAGAGUAUGGACAGCUGGUGCCCAAAGAUGAACCGGUGGGCGAAUGGGAGGACCGGCUACAGCUCUACGAACUAUACCACCAUCUCAACCACUUUGCACUGUUUGGAGGCGGAUACCGUAGUGGAGCCAUGUCGAUAAUGCAGAAGGUGUUGACAAAGUAUGGUUGA